CUGAAGCGAGGGUCAGAAGGGGGUUUGAAAUGAAUCGAUCAAUGGUCGAUGCCCCUAAAAACCAUAAGCUCCGUCUCCCUCCACGAAGGACACCUUAAAAAGCCAAAGCCAAAGGCAGAGGCAGUUCUCAAAAUCCAAUCGCUUUCCUCUCCAUCAAAUAAAAUAACCUAAUUCCCAUUUCAAUUUCUUCCGAAAACAAAUCAUUGCAACCGAAAAACUUGAAUUCGGAAAUUUGAAUUCUGAAUUCCUCCAUAUGUAAUGCAUCAGAAGAAAUCAGAAGUCCAAAUCGGAAAAGAAAGCACCGGCGUCUCUUCCGAUUUCAAUCCAACUCCUCCCCUUGUCUUCCCUUAUUCAUCUGAUCACAACAAUUCCGGUAUCACCACCGCCACUCAAUUUCUUAUUCAAUCUAAUGAUCCUAUUACCUCUUCUACUUCUUCUUCUUCAACCCCCUAUAAGAGGCCCCUUUUGACCCAUCAUCAUCCUCACCGUUCUUCCUCUCUUUCUAAAUCCCCUACCCUCUACCAUUUCACUACCACCCAACAAAAUCAAUCUCUUUUUUCGAUUUCUGUCGCAGCUAAGUCCGCUGCCUUUCGUUUCCUCCGCCGUUUCAACCACCUUCGCCGUAUACGUGUCCAUCUUCGAUUAAUUCUCCUGUUAUCUCUUCCAUUUUUCUAUUUCCUGCUCUCCCAUCCCAGCCACUCUUUCCUCCUUGAUUUUCUGUCUGCCUUUGCUUUCUCCGCUGCUUUAUUAUUCUCUCUAAACCUCGCUCUCCCGCGCCUCCCCUCAAUUCGAUUGUUUUUGGCACGUUCCUUCCCAAUCAAGCUCAAAUCCGGGUCUAACAUUUCUAGACCGCCUUUACCUGUGUUUUGGUCCAUUGGGUCGAGGCCGAAAUCCGAGAAAAGAGUGAAUUCGGGUUGUUGGGUCCAGGUUUAUAGCAACGGAGACGUGUACGAGGGCGAGUUUCAUAAGGGUAAGUGUUCGGGGAGCGGGGUCUAUUAUUAUUACAUGAGUGGGAGAUACGAGGGGGAUUGGGUUGAUGGAAAAUAUGAUGGUUGUGGGGUGGAGACUUGGGCUAGAGGGAGCCGUUAUAGAGGGCAGUAUAGGCAGGGACUUAGGCAUGGUUUUGGGGUGUAUAGAUUUUACACGGGGGAUGUUUAUGCAGGGGAAUGGUCUAAUGGCCAGAGUCACGGGUGCGGAAUCCAUACUUGUGAAGACGGGAGUCGGUAUGUUGGGGAAUUCAAGUGGGGUGUCAAGCAUGGGCUCGGCCACUACCAUUUCAGCUUUGGACAUCUAUAUAUCACCUACAACAAAAGUUUUUACUGUAUUUUCUGGCUUUUUUGGCUGUUAUUAUUUAGAAAUGGGGACACGUAUGCUGGAGAAUAUUUUGCGGAUAAGAUGCAUGGCUUUGGUGUCUAUCGUUUUGCAAAUGGGCAUAGGUAUGAGGGAGCCUGGCAUGAAGGUAGAAGGCAGGGCCUGGGAAUGUACACAUUCAGAAACGGAGAGACUCAAUCUGGUCACUGGCAAAAUGGAAUUCUUGAUGUCCCAAGCACACAAAACACCACCUAUCCUGUAUCUCCUGUUGCUGUUUAUCAUUCCAAAGUACUCAACGCGGUGCAGGAAGCACGACGAGCUGCAGAAAUGGCAUAUGAUGUGGCUAAGGUGGAUGAAAGGGUGAAUAGAGCUGCAGCAGCAGCUAACAGGGCAGCCAAUGCAGCUAGAGUAGCAGCAGUCAAGGCUGUGCAGAAACAAAUGCAUCACAAUAAUAACAAUGACAACAGUCCAAUGCCAAUUGUGUGAGACACAUUGCAGAUACAUAAUCAGGCAAGAAUGAGAUGGCAGUAGGAGGCUAAUGGCUUUUGUGAUUUUCCUUUUCAAUUCUACUUUGCAGAGCAAAUUCUCUUCAUCCUAUUUCUUGCAACUGAAAAAUGCCUGCCUGGAUUCAUGCUGGUGUGGAAGGUGCAAGUAGAUUGGUUAGUUUUGUUCACUUUGAUGCGUUCAUGGAUAAUGAUUACAGCCAAGAAAAGAAGAGAACGAGAGCAGAAUUCCCAUUCAAGAUUUUUUUUUUCUUUCUCUUUCUUUUUUACUUGUAGGUUUUUUGUAAAGAUGAGGUAGAAGUAAUGUAAUAUAUGCUGGUCCUAAGGUGAAACCUUAGCCCAGUAGAGUGUUGUAUGUGAACUAAUCUGCAUCUCAAUCAGGUGCAUAAUCAUGUUCCUUAUUGUUGGAACAAAUCGGUCUGUGAUGAGCGAAGUCAAACUUUCUAACGGUUGUAAGCCUAUAGGUGAAUUUUAUGUUUGUUGGGAGGAAUCCCGACUGCUGAUCUAGUUACGGAAUUUGUAAGCCAUAGUAAAAGGAAAAUAAGUAUUGUUUGACUCAUCAGCAGUGGACCUCCACGGCUGUAGACAAACUUUCUAACGGUUUCAAUUUGAUGAGGGUAAAUGUCCCAUAUUCCCAUUUA